GUGCUUAUCAUCUACUGGGUCUGAGUCUGGAGGUAUUUACACUCCACCAGAUGCAGUUUUGCCAGUUCCUCCUUUCGUAGACAAGCAAGGAGAGACAUCAGAGCUGAAACGUGCCAGGCUGUUGUAUCAGAGUAGAAAGAGAGGGAUGCUGGAGAAUGGAUUAUUGCUCAGUACCUUUGCCGGCAAGCACUUGGACACACUCACAGACACUCAGUUAAUAACCUACGAUAGACUCAUUAACAAGCCAAGCAAUGACUGGGAUAUUUACUAUUGGGUAACAGGGGCCAAAGAAACACCUGAAGAGUUUCAGUCUGAUGUCAUGGAUUUGCUGAAAAAACAUGUUCUUAACAAGGAUAGAGAGUCAAGAAUUCGACAGCCAGACCUUUAUUAA